UCAACCCCAGCAGAAAUCGCCUCUGAAGCCUCUGUUUCAGCAGGCGCUGCUGCUGCUGCUGCUGCUACCGCGACAGCUGCUGCAGGCGCAAGCGGAGCGCAGUCGGCAUGCUCUCAGCAGCAGCAACGGGAAGCGGCAAAGUGGCAGGCAGCCAGACAUCGCCAGCAGCCCUCAGAGCAAGCAGGCAGCAGUGACUCAGACUGCUACAGCAGGAGCAGCAGGAGCAGCAGCGACGAUGAAGCGUCGAGUGUCUGUACACUCGAAGAUGACGAAUCCCAGGAAGAGAGCCCCCCUGCGCGCUGCCUCCUCUGCCCCUUUUUGUGCAGUGGAAACGCAUGCAGCCGCCAUGAUAGCGUCGCGCGGACGCCUGCUGCCCUUGUGCUGCAACAUAUGCGUGAGGCACACGGCCUGGACUUAGCCGCAAAGGAACGGUGGUUAGCAGCUGAUGUCAAGCAGCAGCUGCCUCCUCUGAAUCCGUACACCCGCAUCGCGCUGGUCACUUUCCUACGGCAGCAGCAGCAGCAGCAAGAUUAUCAAGCUGCAGUAGAAGCACUACACAAGCUCACGCCAACCUCAGCACUCUUCAGCUGUCCAGAGGAGCUUCUGACUGCCGCUGACUCGGAAGAUCCUCUUCUUUGGGAUGGAGGGAACUGCAGUAGUGAAGAAGAAGACGACGAUGCGGCUGCGGCCGAUGCUGCUGUUUGUGCUUCUCCUGGAGGCCCAACAGCAGCAGCAGGCGGAGGAAGGUGCAGCUUCUCCCCUCCAGUCAUGCCACACAACACUGAUGUCUACGAGCGGCUGCUGCAGCACCGGAUGGCUGAGGCUGCCGGCAAUGCGGAUGCUGUAGCCAACAGCACUUCUGUCUCUGCCAAGGAGCAGUGUCUAGUGGCUGCAACAACCACCCUCAAAAGGGAGGAAGGCGAAGAAGGACUCGACGCGGGGAGGGAGGUUGAGACACCUGAAGACAAAAGCUACUUUUCGGGAUACGGAGAGCUCUCAAUCCAUCGCGAAAUGAUCAGUGACGCUGCCCGAACGGGAGCCUACAGAGAUUUUCUUCUGAAAGAAGCGGAGGCCAUUCGGGGAAAGGUGGUUCUGGAUGUUGGAUGCGGCAGCGGCGUCCUCAGUCUCUUUGCUGCCCAAGCAGGAGCGCGCAGAGUGAUCGCUUUGGACGCGUCUGGUCCGAUUGUGUCGGUGGCUCGGCGCAUAGUCACAACCAAUGGCUUCUCCAAAACUAUUCAGGUUCUGCACGCGAAGGUUGAGGCGGUGGAUUUGUACUGGCGUGACACCACGGCAACUGAAGUCUGUGCUGUACCCACAGGAUCGGAAGCUCCUCAGGGAGCGCUUCCCUUUUCUUGCGACGUGCUUGUCUCCGAGUGGAUGGGGUAUUGCUUGCUGUUUGAGUGCAUGCUCUUCUCUGUUCUGCAUGCAAGAGACAAGUAUCUAACGCCCGGAGGUUUGCUGGUCCCCAACAAGGCACUUCUUGGUGUCUGUACUGCAGACUUUCGAAAUGAGCAGCAAGAGCGGAGGGGCCCUUUUGCAACGCCCGUCUAUGGCCUUGAUCUUUCUGCCCUUUUGGCACCCGACUCGCACCUUUUCGGGCAAUUGGAAGUGCAACUCGUCGAGGAACAGCAACUCAAUCAACAGAACCGGCAACAGGAGCAACCUAUAUGCGUGAUUGAUCUGAAUUCUGUGACCAAAGAGGAAUUGAGGGCACUGAGAUGCCCGAUCAAUAUAGCUCUACCCCCGCCUCCGCAAGUGUGCACCAGCCUAGUGCUUUACUUUGACUGCUUCUUUGAAGCGAUACAACUCAAGAAUGGCCCGUCAGUACUGUCGUUUGCCACAGCAGCAAACACUGGAGGAAAGCCGGUAGCGGGAUCCGUUGUGCUGAGCACCAGUCCUCUGGCGAAGCCAACUCAUUGGAAGCAGACAGUCCUUCAUCUCCUCGAUCGAGAAGGGAACGCAUGGAGUUUCACCGCGCAUCCAGAUUAUGGAUCACUCAAGGGCUUUUUGAGUAUCAACCCCGACCCAAACCCCUUGAGUCGGCGGAGCAUUGUGGUAACCUUGGAGUUGGAGACCCCCGGGACAAAGGGCGGGAAUGAGCAGAUCAUGCAAGAGCCACGAAAGUUGGAAAACGGUAUUUGGAAAGGAAACACAGGCUGCUUGGCGAGCAAAGUCGGCGCCUCAGGAAAACGCAGCCCCUCAGCACGCUACGGUGAAGUGAGAGGGGACACGGAAGAUAGAACCGCUGCUCGAGACACAUAA